GUGUAAUAAUCCUCCACUAUGACUACUUUCGAUUCUUCCAUUGGUCUCGUCAAGAUAUCCACCAUCGGUUCCAUCAGAAAGAUAUUCAUCAUUAUAAUGAUGAUAACCAUGAGCUUGAAUCUCAUCUUCGCCGUGAUAAUCGAUGUUGUCGCCAAAAUCUUCUACAGUUUCUUCCUCGAAUUCAUUUGUGGACGUUGGUGGCGUCAUAUAUUGUUGCGAUAUUUGAUUCAUAUCAUAUUGUGGAGCUUUAUAUGCUAUUUCUGCACUUGAUCCUGGUCCUGCU